CGACCCGUAAAAUAUCCCCGGAAGAAACCCCUUAAACCCUAAAAUGUCUGAUCUCAUCGUCUUCUUCAUCAUCUCUUUAACUCCUUCCAAAUUUCAAUGGCGUCUUCUUCUAAAGUCUGCAGAUUAUCAUCAAAGAUACAUUCUUUAACCCAGAAGCUAAGCAAGACGAAUGUUCACGUUUCUUCCAUACCUUCUCCCAUUAAAUCUUCAUCUCCUUCCUCAGCAUCUGCCCGUAUCAAUCAAUCUUUUAGAGUACCAGUGGAGCUAAGUAGCUGUUUAUCGAUGUUUCCACUGCACAGUGCAAUAGCAUCUGCCAGAUUGAUAUCAAGUUUGUCUGUUGAAUCUAAGAGAUGGGGUUUAGUUCCUCAAGGUAUUUCUAUGCCUUUAUGAAACAAGUUUGGGGGAGGAUAAAGACAUGAAAUGUAAACAAAACUCAGGGUUGUAUCGUUCUUGAUUUCUCAUAUCGAAUUCUUAAGGUCCUGUAUUUAGAACAGGUCUAUUACACUCUCUGUUUUAAUUCUUUCAGUUUUGACUUCUCUUUUCCCUUCUUAUAAAAAAAAAAUUAAUGGAUCAAUA